AUGGUGACAAGAAUAAGGUAUGUGAAUUUGGUUCAAUUCGUUUGCUUUACAUCUAGCUUUGAACCAAAAAAUGUGAAAGAAGUUUUGAGUGAUGAGUCAUGGAUAAAAGCAAUGCAAGAGGAAUUAGAAAAAUUCACAAGAAAUGAGGAGUUUGUCAAACAAAUGACAGAUGAGUUUGAAAUGAGCAUGGUAGGUGAGUUAAACUAUUUUCUAGGACUGCAAGUCAAACAGUCAGAAGAUGGAACUUUCAUCUCUCAAAGUAAGUAUGCAAAAAAUCUAAUCAAGAAAUUUGGGAUGGAGUCAGCUAAACAUGCCAAUAUACCAAUGGGAACCACGGUCAAACUGACCAAGGAAGAAAAUGGUGUAAAAGUAGAUCCAACAUUGUACAGAAGCAUGACUGGAAGUCUUAUGUAUCUCACAGCUAGUCGUCUUGACAUUAGCUACAGUGUUGGGGUAUGUGCUCGGUAUCAAGGGAAUCCUAUGGAAUCCCAUGUGACAGCUGUAAAACGAAUCAUUCGCUAUGUGAAUGAUACUCAAGAGUAUGGAAUUUGGUACUCAAAUGAAACAAACUCUAACCUUUUUUGUUUUAGUGUUGCUGAUUGGGCAGGCAAUACAGAUGACAGAAAAAGUACAAGUGGUGGAUGUUUCUAUAUGGGAAACAAUCUGGUUUCUUGGCAUAGCAAGAAACAAAAUUCAAUCUCCUUGUCGACUGUUGAGGCUGAAUACAUAGCUGCAGGAAGUUGUUGUACUCAAUUAUUAUGGAUGAAACAAAUGAUGACGGAUUAUGGGUUUUGUUAUCCCCGUUUCUUCCAAGAUGUACGGAUCCACACUCUGAGUUUAUGGGCCGCCUUCCGGAGAGUUAAAGCCCAGAUCAGGCCUAGUGGACAAAGAGAAAGCAAAUAUUGGCAGUCCAAGUCUCGGUAA